UACAUCAUUUAAUCUUUCGGUCUUACUGAGCAGACAUCUUGAUGUUAUUUGUAUCCUGUGGAGGAGACAUUCACGAAUCUGAUCUAUAUAAUAAUAAGAUUCAGAGGUCGUCUUAAGAAAAUGAACAUUAUGGGUGUUCAGUCUGUGCUCUCCAUCCUCCUCCUGCUCGUAGCUACUGUGAAAGCUGAGGAAGGUAAAGUUGAAUUCUGGAGGGAAAAAUUCACAAUGACCUGUCCAGGAAACGGGACAUGGUUCAAGCAUAGUGGUGACAAAACCCCAGCUCAGAGUCUGGCAGAGUCAACUACAUACAGCAUCGAGUAUAAUAGUGAUAACAAAGGCUUAUACUACUGUCUAUUUAACGUCGAAGACCCCGACAUCACCACCGACUCCAACACCUCCCCCAAAAAAUAUUAUUUCUACGUGAAAGGAAAGGUAUGUGCAAAUUGUUUUGAGCUGGACGCGACUCUGUUUGGGCUGGUCAUCAUUGUGGACGUGGUCGGGACAGUAUUUGUGAUGAUCAUAAUCUACACUUACAACAAGAGAAAAAGCCCAGGUGGACCCACGCACUCUUCUAAAGCACCUGCUCGUCCAGGAGGCCAGGGUCCACCUGUCCCACCUCAAGACUAUGAGCAACUGAACCCUCGCACUCGCUCCCAUGACACUUACUCUAUAGUGAACAGGACGGGAUAGAGUCAAGUCAGCUGACCGCGCCACAUCACUGGUUUACAGGCUGCAGGGACAAAGGCAAACAUUCACAAAAGCCACACAAGAGCAAACAUCACGCUCCCUGUAGCAUCCAAACACUGGCUUUUGGUUCCAAGGAUUUGAAGAGUUCGCAAAAAUGGCAAAAAGAAGAAUUUUCCCACUUAGCCCUGGUAUUACCUCACCAGGUGAAGUAGUUUAGGUUUCAACUGUGCAGGUAUUCUGCCACCACCCCAGUACAACAGUGGUGAAUGGAAAUUAGUUUGUUGUGCUCACAGUAUUUAAAAAUUACAUUGAAAAUCUACUCAUCUAUGAAAACUAUUGAGUUGUAUAUGUUAUGUUGCUGUAGAUCAGUAAUUCCCAAACUAGAGGCACGUCUGCAGUUACCAAGAAAUACUGUGUAGCUCAGCUAAUUUGAAAACAUAGAAAUCAUGAUUUCAUAAUAUAAUAUAAUAUUGUAUAUCCAGAUAUUUUUGUUUAGGAAGGAAAAUAAAUGUGCAAAUACUGUAUUAUUACAAAUUGGUGUGAUGUCAGUCUUCAGUGUAUUUAUUGUAACAAUAAUCUAUCGUAGUCUGACAGUUUUCUAUUGAAUCAGUUGUAAUAACUUGACAUGAAGUGCUGCGAUCGAGAGUGCAUGAAAACUAGUAAACAAAAUGCAGAUAAAAAGCUAAACGUAACACGGCAGCUACGGGAUCAUUGUGUCCACUGGUUUCUUUGCCGUGAGAUGCAACUGAACGAUUCCUUAAAGGCAUCACAUCCAUAGCUGUCAAAGGGCAGGGGUACUGGAGCCCAUCUAAAGGGGCUGUGCAGGGUAUGUCAGAAAAAGGUUGAGAGCUACUGCAGCGGAUUGAUUUGAAUGUAAUCUUUGAAUGCUGUGAGCAACACUCAUGUGCUGCUCAUGUCUAUUGUAUUGGCGUGGAGGCAGAAACUUCAGCGACAGGUGUGUUUUCAUAUACACUCAGUGUUUACUUUAUUAGGUUCAGCUGUACAGUCUAAUGCAAACCAAUGCAUCUGCUCUACCUUAAAGUCUAAUGUUAUGAUUCCAAUUGUGUUCUGUUUUUUUUUUCAUGUGUCUCUAUUAGCGUACAGAUUAUUAGAGGCAUAGAUUAUUUUUUGUGCUUUGAGUGUACUGACCCUUUAAUAUUAAAUGUUGGCAGAUAGUACUGUAGAAAUCAUAACUUUUUCAUUUGUCGCAUGUCAUUUUGAAUAGAGAGAUAUAUAUGUUUUCUGUACAUACACUCAGUUGACAGUUUAUUAGGAACACCUAGCCGAAACUAAUGCAGUCUAAUCCAACAGUCCUGCAAUAAAUGCCUCUUUCAAGGAGGUUAUAAUGUCACUUCAACCUUAUGGUCAUUUUGUAGGCUGCCAUUUGUGGGACGGUUGACCUGUAUUGCGUUGCAGGUGUUUCUAUUAUUUUGUCCAACCCAUUUACAUAAGUGAAGGUUGGUUAAAUAACAGAAACACCUGUCGGUAUAAUGCGAAGUAGCCAGCACAGCACAGAUUAGAUCCUCCACAAUGAUUAUAUGUACAUUUUUAUGUCAUUGUAUGUUCUGAUUUAUUACACUGUAAAAAUGUUUUUUUUAUCAAUCAUGUAAAAAUGUGUCUGUCCAAACUUAUUUUGCUUUUUUAUUCUCAGCUGUGUUUUUUUUUUUACUGCAACGGGCACAAGAUGUGUCACUAAUAAAUAUAACA